AUGCUUCUGAACACAGAAGCAGAGACUGCUGAGGAGGACCUGGAGAAGACUGAGGAAGCUAAGAACUUGUUGGAACAACUCAUUUCUGGAAUUUUUGAAGUAGUGGAGAGGCUUACGGGGGUGAAACUCAGUAACCUGCACAUCCUGGAUGGCACAUUCGAAGAGACUCCUGAUGGCAAAGGUGCUAUAGUGAAAAUCCCCAUCACUGCUGAAGUCAACGUGAACCUGCUUGUGUUGGGUGAGAUUGUCGACUUGGCCCUCAACUUGGUCCUCCAGUAUAGUGUCAGCGUUGAAACUGAUGAAGAGACUGAAGUCUCCACCGUGGUCGUGGAAGAAUGCAGGAGCGAUCAACACAUCAUCUCUCUCAGCGUGCUGGGCAGGCGCAUUGGACUGCUCAACGAGGUUGUGGACUUUGCAGUCAAUCUCAUGAAUGAGGCGUUGUCCCUGGUAACGCAUUAUGAGCUGUGCCCGCUAGUCCGCAGUUUCCUUGAAAGCCUGGAUGCGAAGCAUGUUAAGAACCGCAUCGGGUCUCCUUCCAGAUUGGUUCCCGGGGACGUGACUGAAUCUCUGUACCGUCUCCCUCUGGACCUCGGUGCUGCCAGCAUCCCCAGGAGUGACAACUGA